CUAAAUCCCAAUAUAAAUCAGUCAGCAUAUCCAACCAAGAACGCUUCUCUCCGCAUCUGAUCCAAGACAUUCUCCCCUUUUGCAUUUAUUCACCCAAAUCGACCAUUCAUUAGAUGGGCCAUCUCAAGGCCUCCAUCUUAUUCUACUUCUCCUUCAUUCUUCUAGUACAUAAGCAAGUACCACCAUUCAUUGCAACUGCCAGUAUCCUCAAUUCAACCACAACCAAGCAUCAUCACAAGUGGGUCGGGCCCAUUGGCUGCCGUGUAAUCACUGUCGACAGCCACGGCUUCGGUGACUUCCUAUACGUCCAAGCAGCCAUUGAAUCAGUCGCAGAGAACAACAGAGAAAAUGUCAUUAUUCAGAUCAACGCCGGAUGUUACUUAGAGAAGGUUGUGAUUCCUCCGACGAAGCCGUACAUUACAUUCCAGGGGGCCGGGAGGGAUGUGACGGUGAUCGAGUGGCAUGACCGGGCCAGCGAUCGUGGGCCAAACGGACAACAGCUACGCACUUAUAACACGGCUUCUGUUACUGUUUUUGCUAAUUAUUUCACCGCUAGAAAUAUUAGUUUCAAGAACACAGCUCCAGCACCGAUGCCCGGCGUGGAAGGAUCACAAGCAGCUGCAUUCCGUAUCUCCGGCGACAAGGCCUACUUCUCCGGCUGCGGCUUCUACGGUGCUCAGGACACUCUCUGCGACGACGCUGGACGCCAUUACUUCAAGGAGUGCUACAUUGAAGGGUCUAUAGACUUCAUAUUCGGCAACGGAAGGUCCAUGUACAAAGAUUGCGAGCUACACUCGAUCGCGACGACGUUCGGUUCCAUCGCGGCGCAGGAUAGGAGAUCUCCUUACCAGAAGACGGGCUUCGCUUUCUUGCACUGUAGGGUGACGGGGACAGGCCCGCUCUACGUGGGGCGAGCGAUGGGCCAGUACUCAAGGAUCGUCUACUCUUACACGUACUUUGAUGACGUGGUGGCCCCUGGUGGAUGGGAUGACUGGGACCACACCAGCAACAAGAAUAAGACGGUGUUUUUCGGGGUAUACAAGUGUGAGGGCCCAGGAGCUGCUGCGGUGCGGGGCGUGUCAUGGGCCAGAGAGCUCGACUUUGAGACUGCACAUCCAUUCCUAGCCAAGAGUUUCGUCAAUGGACGGCAUUGGAUUGCACCAUCAGAUGCUUGAUAAAUCACUCCACUUGCACAUUCACAAAUUCAUUGAUUUAUUAUUAUUUAUGUAUGUAGGAUUCCCGGAAAUUUCUAUUCAUAACCUUGCCUCAUUGGCCAUUAUUUUUCAUUUAUACUUGUAUCAUUAAAUUGUUAUUUAUUGAAUUCUUGUGUGAAAUUUGUGGAA